AUGCCCACACAGUCGACGCUGAGCACGACCAAGAGCGACGACACGUAUACAAGCCCUUACCCACAUCCCCAAGCACCGGGCCAGUCCAAUCCUAUUGCAACCGGCAAGAGUACGGCACCAGCGACAGCUAAACCGUUGGGCACACCGACUGCUGGCAGUCUGACCAAAAGCGGCAGUAACGAUAAAAUGAAGGUCAAAAAUGUAAAAUCGCGGGUCAAAGUUGGGGCCAGCGGUACGAAAUCUGGAGCUGCCGGCACAAGUAAACUUAGUAAGAAGGAGCGACUAGCAAAGGCUGCGGCUACGAAGGCGACCGAGACAGCUAAACAGGAUACGGCAAAAAGCUCUGGAGCAGCGCCUGGGGAUAGGUCGGGAAGUGGCUGCCAAAGACGCUCGUCGCCGUAUUCUCCCGGCACUGAGAUAGCGGAGGCGGACAAGCCCGGUGCUGCCGCAAGCAAGGCGAAGUCCAGGCCAAAGACAUCGACCAAGAAAUCCAAAGCAGGUGGCCAGGAUGUCAAUCUGGACGUUAUCUGUGCCGUCCAGACCCAAACAGUCAAUGCGAAGGGUACUAGCACCUUCCUCACAUGCCGGCGAUCACUGUCAUGCAAAUUCACUCAGCAACCGUUCGGUAUUGCUGGUGCAGGCACAAAUCGGAAAGCUAGCGCUGGCGAAACAAAUAAAAGCAAAGAGACGGCGGACAAACAAACUGUCAGCAAACCGAAGGAGCCAUCGCUGCUCACUGCCAACCCCAAACCCAUGGCUGUCAAAGACUACGGAGCGCGAUACCUGACGACAAGCAUCAAGACCUUCAUUCGGCGAUGGGACUACUCACGGCUGAUCACAGGGUCAUAUGUGUUGCAAGAGUAUUACGCAGCAGAGGCCACGCGAGCGCUUCUCCUACUCCAGCAGCAGCAGCUGUUGCAACAAACUGCACAACAGGUGUCACAGACACAUGCGCCGGCAACGAAUGUGUAUGUGUCCAGAGACAGUACGUUACCCUCUGCACUCCCAUCCUCUCUGCCAUCAGCAGUAGCACUAGCGGCCGCUGUCAUCUACAAGUCAUCGCCAAUGGUAUCGCGGUCUAGCACUCCCGUCCCGUCUACCAAUAUGCCGACCAUCAUCGGUGUGUAUAUCUGA